AUGAGUCUCGCUGGAGUGCGCGAUCCGCUUCGUAAUCGUCAGUACUACGAGGAUCGUUAUGGGUUGUCACCGGUGCAACCAGCGAUAAGCCCAUCGACGGCAACAACUGCGACCAAUAGUUCGGCCAGUGUUCUGGUGCCGCUAAAGACGUCAAAUUUUGCUGACAAAGGGAGCCCGUCAAAUCCAGCACCGGCAGAAGCGCCAGCAGCGGUUCUGCCGACGACGUCAUCGCCGACCAGAAUCACCGUCACUCCCGCUCCGGCUGCAGUCGCCGGAAGUGGCGCCGGAGAACUGGGUCGUCUUAUGAAAACAACAUGGGAUGAUAUCAAGGAGCUGCUAGGGUUUGUGCCGACGUGUCUCAACGGUGGCACCCGAACACCUGGUACAACUUGCCGCUGUCCGAAGUUGUUCGAGGGUGCUUUGUGCGACAAGAAAAUAUGUUUAAAUGGUGGAAAGUUGGAGAGAGCAAAAUAUGGACCGGUCUCCUGGGAUUGCAAGUAA